UAUGAAUGAGUUUAAAUUACCCCACUCUCUCGAGAUCUUCUUACUUGCAUUUUAUCAUAGAUCACUGACAAGUCGCAAGCUUACUAUUGCCAAUUCACCUAAGUUCAGUUUUCUAACUACAUUUUCCAAGAUUUUAAAUACAUUUGAUUAUUCAUUUUGAAAAUUGAUCAGUUUGUUACUUCAUCGAAUUGAACAUAAGUAAGAAAAAUAUAAUAACACUUGGUACUAAACCUGAAUAAAUAAAACACAUCGACUAAGUGCAAUUUUCUUCAAUUUAUCGUUUGCCAAGAGGGGACUGUCUUUAACCACUUGACCUAUAAUAAGAUAUAGCUGUUUUAGUGACGCGGCAUUCUAUAUCCUACUCUUAUUACACGAAACUUUGAAAGCGUUUUUCUCGAAAACAACAAAACGGAAGGAUGAGUCGAAUUGUAAAAAAAAGUCAAGGAAGUAUUGAUCUCGAUGAUAUUAAAUUGCCGCCGAUUAGAACACCCGGUCCAAUUAAAAUUUGGAAGACGGUUGAUGGAUUUCGAACUGUUGGAGAUGAAUCUAAACCAGUUAAGAUAAUUUUGCAAGAAAUACCGGAGGACAGAUACGAUGAUUUUCUCGAUCAUAUGUGCACGUAUUUCAUCGUAGACGAACCUUGUUGUUCCAGUCUCAAGAUAAGUGAAGAUCCGUCAGCUAUGCAAGAAUUUCGUGAUGUAUGGACAAUAGUUUUAAAGCAAGGAUUAGCGGUUGGUGCCUUUGUCGAAGAUCCCAAAGGUGGUAAACCGGAAAUAGCGGGAGCUAAUAUAAUAGGAGUUGAGAUUAAAGAUGACGAAAGAAAAGUUGAUAACUAUCCGUUGGAAUCAACUUUAGCUAAAAGGAUAUUCCAUCCUGUAGUAUCUAUAUGCAAAGAAGCGAAGAUUUAUGAACACUACAAUACGGACAGAUAUAUGUACGCUUUUGGCUUAAGUGUUCAUCCUUACUAUCGCGGUCAAAAUCUUGGUGCACAUAUUCUAAGUGUAAGGGAACAGAUUGGUCGUGCAUACAAUGUUUCGGUGACGGCAACAGCAUUUACUUCGACGAUUUCUCAAAAAUCAGCUGCUCGUUGCGGAUACGAAGUUUUAUUAGCCAGAGAUUACGAUAAGAUAUUAGACGAGGAAGGAAAAGAAAUAUUUCCUAAUAUUAAAUUUAAAACGUUCAAAGUAAUGGGAAGACGAUUGUAUUGAAUUUACGUCAUUCUAUUGUUUCAUAUAAUUAACUUUGCAAAAAUAUUGGUAUCACGUAUUAAGAUAAAUUGUUUUUGCAAAACUAUUUAAACGAAGCGUUAACGAUAACAUUCAAUGAUAGUGAAAAUAGGAAUAGACCUAAAAAUAAUGAAAACCGAUUAACGUGACGGUACAGGACGUGUUGCGAAAUCAAAUACCCCAUCCUCGUGUGUAUUGCAUUUGAAAUUUUAAUUAUUUAUAACAGCCCUUGGCAGACCGUUAUUUAUUAGCUCGGGGAAGCCGAAAUACGGGUGAACGUGUUUCCGUUUGAACGAUCAGCUUUUGCAUCCGAAUGCAUUUCGGUAAAUCAUUGCACGUUUGAAUGUUAUAGAAAAAAUGACGGACGGUUUUUGUAAGUCCAGAUAAAUAAUAAUAGUAUUUAGCACUAGAUUUCAUUUGAGUCUUAGGAAGUAGGAGUACGUAAUUCUAAUAAUUAUCUAUUGUCAAUAUUAUCUAUUGUAUAAGAAACAAGUUUGAUCGAUCUAUGCAUGUAAUUAAUAAAGAUUGUUCCAAGGUAAAUAUUAAUUGCACCUACGUAUCCAAAAAAAAAACAAAAAAAAAACGAUGACUUUAAAGUAACCCACGUUUGUAUUAAAUAUUUAUCUCUCCCUCUAUAUGGUGGGUGUUAUAGAAACUACCUGUUACUGAUAAUUUAAAUAUUUCCAAUUAAGAAUGGGUAUAAAAAAAUGUGUGUAAAAACAUGGUGAGAUUCUCUACGAGGAACAUUGUAAAAAA